AUGACCGGAAAAGAGUUGGAUUACUAUUAUGACAUGCCACAACGUCACGACAACAAAAACGGAUUUGCGAGGACUCUGAAGAGGUUCAACAGGUUUCUACCGGUAAGUUUAAGUUUAAGUUGUAAUUUUUAUUUUGUUGUGGUUUAUCUAUGUACUUUUUGGUGAUUAAUAAUAUAUUCCAGCUCAUUCCCACUUUUAUGUACCUCGCGGUAUGUCUGGAAAUACUUUUCAACCUUCUGAUUGUGACUCCAUACGCUUUGAUUUAUCGACCAUUGUGGCAGGUGUAUGUCCAUAGUUUUAUCUUCUUCUACGCCUCCUUCAACUGUCUAUAUCAUUAUACUAAGUGUGUUUAUACCAAGCCUAUUCAGAUUUACAAUGUAGGUUUAAAAUGAAACAUAUUUUUUUAAAAUUAUUUAAUAAUUUAAAAUUUAAAAGUGUGGUCAGUAAUAUGUCAUUGUAUAUGUUUACAGGACGCGCAUACCCCAUCUUGUGCCACAUGUCAAAAGUAUAAACCUCCGGACGCUCAUCAUUGUCAAUUGUGUGAUACCUGCAUAGUGGGAAUGGACCAUCAUUGUAUAUGGAUUGGGCAAUGUGUUGGAGCUCACAACCAUCGUUACUUCUUCCAAGUUUUGGUAUUCCAAGUCAUAAACACUGCCAAUACUGUCAUAUUUGGAAUUCCUGCUGUAUAUUACGGUCUUUACAUAGUAAGUCAAUAUAUUGUGGCUAGUACUUGUAUGCAAUAUGUAUUGGUUUCGAUACUGUGUAAUGUUUAGUAGUUGUUCUCAACAUUGUUGUUAAUUUUUUAUUAAAUUACAGUAUUUUUUAGCGAGAUGACGUUGCAUUUUGCUAUAAUUCGGCGUUCUUUGCUUUACCAUGGUAUUAUGUGCUUUGUAUGUUUGGUUCUAUUCCUAUAUACAUCUACACCUUCUUGAUGUAUGCUUUGGCACUACAAUCAUUUCUGUUAACAUCUGCUUUGUUUUACUGGACUUUCGCCUUAAUCUCGCAUGGAUUGACGUUUUUAAAAUGGCUGGUUUGUUCUAUAUACGUUACAUACGUUUAAAGUAACUAUAUAUCUUCUGUUUUCACAACAUAGUCGUUAAUGUUAAAGUCAGGUUUUAAGUCAAGAAAAGUCUGUUAGACCAAUAGUUGUUACACCUUUUGUCACAGAGAACGAAACCGAAGCCAGUCCGCCACUUUUUAUUGUAUUCUUGUUGGGCUCCGAACUUCAAAAGAAACUGGAAACGAUUUCUUGGAAUCAGAGGAUUCAGAAGUUUUGUCACCAAGAUUCUGUUACCUUCGAAUCAUACCACAUUCUAUGA